AUGGAUUAAGAUAUUCUUGUUAAAAAAUAGUGGUUUAUUAAAUCAAUGAAUGGAAAAAUUGAUGACUAUUAUGAUAUGAAAAAUAAAAAAUAAUUAGGCUCUGGAUAAUUUGGAAGUGUAAUAGAAGUAAACCAAAAGGGAUCAGAUUUAAGAAGAGCUGUAAAAAUAAUAAAAAAAAGUUCUAUUGAAAAUUAAUAAAUGUUUUAGAACGAAAUAAAUAUAAUGAGAGAACUUGAUCAUCCAAACAUAAUAAGAUUAUAUGAAAUAUAUGAAGAUUAAAGAAAAAUAUAUUUAGUUAUGGAAUUAUGUUAAGGAGGUGAGUUGUUCGAUUUAAUUACUACUCGCUAGAAGUUUACUGAAUAAGAAGCUCGUAUAAUUUUUAAAUAAGUUGCUUUAGCAUUAUCAUAUUGCCAUUCUCAUGGGAUAUGUCAUAGAGAUUUAAAACCUGAAAAUCUGCUUUUAUAUAUAAAAGAUGAUAUUACAUCUAUAAAGGUAGCAGAUUUUGGUCUUUCUUGUAUAUUUAAAAGUAAAAAUUAACAAGAGAAAAAAUAACUUUAAGGUAGAGCUGGUAGCGCUUAUUAUAUGUCUCCUGAAGUUUUAAGUGGAUAAUAUAAUGAAUUAUGCGAUUCGUGGUCUUUAGGAGUUAUUUUAUAUAUUCUUUUAUCUGGUAUACCACCUUUUUAUGGAAAUACAGAUUAGAAAAUAUUUGAAAGAAUAUAAAAAAAAUAAUAUUCAUUUUAAUUUAAAUAAUUCGAUAAUGUAAGUAAAGAAGUUAUAGAUCUAAUAAAUUAAUGUUUUUAAGAUUAAAAUUAAAGGCCUUCAGUUAAAUAAAUACUAGAUCAUUCCUGGAUUAAUAAAGAUUUAGAAAACUUAAAAGAUUUUAAUUUAAAUUAAUUCAAGAUAUUUGCUGGAACUACCAAAUUGAAAAAAAUCGCACUUAAUUUCAUUGCUAGUAGACUUUCUGAAUCUGAAAUUAAAGAUUUGGGUAAUUUAUUUAAAUAGUUGGACAAAAAUAAUGAUGGUGUUUUGAGUGUUAGUGAAAUUUCAAAUGCUAUAAAAAUUUUUUCUGGUAAAUAAGAAUAGAUUACUGACUUAUUAAAGUAAAUUGAUACAGAUUAAAAUGGAACUAUUGAAUAUACAGAAUUUGUUGCUGCCUCAAUACAAAGAUAACUUUUUUUGAAAUAAGAAAAAUUGUAUUAUGCUUUUUAAGCUUUAGAUAUUGAUGGAAGUGGUUCUAUUUCUAAAUAAGAAUUAUAAAAAAUACUAAAUGAAGAGGGAAAUUCUUUAAAUUAUACAGAAGAUUAUUGGACAUAACUUAUUGAUGGAGCAGAUAAGGAUAAAAAUGGAGAAAUUGAUUAUAAUGAAUUUGUUGAAAUGAUGGGCGAAAUAUAUAUUUGA